AUAAAAUUGAGUAGGUUUUUUUUAUUUUUAAUCAUUCGAUGCUUAAGUAGUUAAGUUCGGGUAUUUAUAUGUUUUUGUAUUAGAAAAUGUUAUAAAAUAAAUAUAAAUUGUUUGCUCCCAAGUUAUCGGGUUUCUCUUGGAAGUCUCCGCUUACUAAGUCCAUUCUAUUGCCAAAUAUCAAAAACAACCUUAUACAUCUGUUAAUAUCACUUAUGCCCCUAAUCAAAUCAUAGCUGUUCACCUCUCGCGCUGCUCAAACUCUACGCUGCUCUCUCAUCACUGUAAGCUCUGAUUUUUUUGUUUAUAUAUUUUCAAACAAUCGGACGGUGGAAGUUCAAUGGAGAACGCGGACGUUUUCUUGGGCUUGCAAGACUUUCUGGAACGCAUGCGUCAACCUUCUGCUGCAGAUUUCGUCAAAUCCAUCAAGAGUUUCAUUGUGUCAUUCUCAAACAAUGUUCCUGAUCCAGAAAGGGGUAGUGCUGCAGUGCAGCAGUUCUUUGCCAAUAUGGAAGCCGCUUUCAGGGCUCAUCCACUUUGGGCUGGUUGUUCAGAGGAGGAGCUGGAGAGUGCCGGUGAAGGGUUGGAGAAGUAUGUAAUGACAAAACUAUUUAACCAUGUAUUUGCAUCCAUUGCCGAUGAUGUAAAAUUUGAUGAAAAUCUUUAUGAGAAGACUGCUUUGGUUCAACAAUUUAUUCAGCCUGAAUAUUUGGAUAUUAAUUCUACUUUUCAAAAUGAAUCAUCAUGGCUUCUUGCACAGAAAGAGCUGCAGAAGAUAAAUACGUAUAAGGCUCCAAGAGAUAAGCUUGUAUGUAUUCUCAGUUGUUGCAAGGUUAUCAACAAUUUACUACUUAAUGCUGCCAAAGCUUCAAAUGAGGAUCCCCCUGGCGCUGAUGAAUUUCUUCCGGUCCUAAUUUAUGUUACUAUAAAGGCAAACCCUCCACAGCUACACUCAAAUUUAUUGUAUAUACAAAGAUUCAGGUCUCAAUCUCGAUUGGUUGGAGAAGCAGCCUACUUUUUCACUAACAUGCUCUCUGCAGAGUCGUUCAUCUCAAACAUUGAUGCAAAAGCCCUUUCAAUGUCGGAAUCUGACUUUGAAACAAAUAUGGAAUCUGCUCGAGCCCUUCUUUCUGGUCUUGCAACAGAGAUGGACAGUAUGCUUGAUAAAAGUGAUGAAAUUGUUGGACAAAUUUCCAGAGAAGAACUUACGGAAUCCAAACAUCAGGCACUAAAUUCUAAGAAGGAAAAGGAACCUAUUAUAUGGGCCAAGUCUUCUGAAACCAAGUAUGGAAGUAAGAAAUCAAUGUCUGCUAAUGAUCAGGCACCGAUAACUAAAGUUCCAUCCCUCUCAGAGUUGGAGAAUAAAGGGGCAAAUAUGCUUUUGAAGGAGGAUAAGGCGAACAAAGUCUUUCAGGAGUAUCCAUACUUAUUUGCCCAUGUUGGUGACCUUACAAUCAAUGAUGUAGAAGACCUGCUAAAUAAUUAUAAGCAGCUUGUUUUUAAAUAUGUUUGUCUUUCCAAAGGGUUGGGUGGUGCUACUUCCUCUUUUCCUUCUUUGGAUUUGAAUAUUCAAUCCCAACAUCAUGCUGAAACUGUGAAGGAAUCUGAAGAUCACAGGAUAUCAGAGCUGAAUGAUAAACCACACAUAAAUACCAGCAGCUCAGAUGAUGGCUCUAAUCAAGCUUUGGUUUCUGGUGAAGAUAAUGUCGAAUCUCAGUUGCUGGACAAUGAGGCAAGUGUACACGAAGAUGGGAAAAAUGAUGAGACUUCUCAAUGAACAAUUUCUGGAAAGGCAUGUCGCGUAGACAUACAUUGAGUCUUCAAUGGGGUAGCCAGGCAGUCAGGCGCUUUCUUUCUCGACUUGUGGUGGAAAGCUAAAUUGUUAUAAAAAUAGCUUUGGAAGCAGAGAGUGUACAUGCUGUCUGAAUAUAAUUCCUAAACAAAGGGAAGAUGUGGGAAUAUCGCGUUUCAAGUUCAUCAAACAGAACUCCUGAGAAGAUGCAUAUUCUGCAUCCAGGUCGCUUCCAUUCAACAUAACCGGGAAAUGCAUAUCAAUCAUAUGCAUUCAAGGUACUACCAUUUAUGGGUGGCUUUAGAUUAAAAGUUAUAGGAACUCAGAACAUAGGAAGUAUAGUUCACAGAUAGCUGAGGGGAUAGAAAAUGUUUGGGAUGUUGGGAUAUAGCCCUAAGUAAUAGUCCCUUUUUAACUGUGUUUGACCAAAGAUAAUUAAUAUUUUCAUCAAUGAACAUGAAAAUUUAUAUUUGUCUACUGCCAAAA